AACCCUAACUAAGCCAGAGCGAUCGCAAGCGGAGACGAUGGCCGGGAAGGCGGCUGCGGCGUCGGCGGCCGCGACGGCGGCGAGGUGGGCGGAGGGGUACCCGUGGAGGGAGAAGCUGGCCAAGUAUAAGGGGGAGCUCGGGAAGGGGGUGUGGGGGUACUGGGAGCUUGGCGCGUGGAAGCCGCUCGGCAUCAGCGCCCGCAAACGCGCCCGCCUCCGCAAGGAGGUUCUCCUCGCCGGCGAGGACUGGACCUACGACCCGCCUCGCGGCGAGAUGCGCACCAAGCGCAAGGGUCACAAGUGCGACCGCAUCUCCGCCGAGAAGCGCGCGAAUACCGUUGAGCUGAUGAAGAAGAUGCCCCAGAUGCUGCUCGACUACAAGAAACGUAGGUGGGAGAAAAAGAUGAAAGAGGAGGACAGCGGAAAGAGCUGAUAUCAAGCUGCUCCUGCAUGGUGCUGCUCUUCCUAAAUAAGGUUAAAAAUGUUCAGGAGGUUUAUAGGAUGGCUAGAUUCGGAUGCAUCAGUUUCUUUUUGCAUGGUGGGUUCCUGCGCUCCUGUAUUCUGAUGCAACUUUGGAUGCACAAUCCUGAUUGUAAUACUUUCCAACACUUGUGGCACUUCUGGAGAACUAGUAUUUUGUUGAGGCAAAUCAGUUAUAAGUAUUACCUUUGUCAAA